UCUCGUUCGAAUGUUCUGGCGAAAUAAUGGGUUCCCUAGAGGCACCUACAAGUACAGAGAACGGUGGUUCAAACCCAUCACCCGGUGGCUCCCGAAACCACACCGCCGGUGACGGCCCACUUCCAGCGGCGGCGAAUUCCACCCCAGCUCAGCCGCUGGAAAAUGACGCAACCAGGAAGAGGAAAGCGAGUAUGCUGCCUCUGGAGGUCGGUACUCGCGUCAUGUGCCGUUGGAGGGACGCCAAGUUCCACCCGGUCAAGGUCAUCGAACGGCGGAAGAUGCCGACCCCUGCCUCCAACGAUUACGAGUACUACGUUCACUACACCGAGUUCAAUAGGAGGCUUGAUGAAUGGGUUAAACUUGAACAACUUGAUCUUGAUUCAGUAGAGACUGUUGUAGAUGAAAAGGUGGAGGACAAGGUAACAAGCUUGAAAAUGACGCGACACCAGAAACGUAAGAUUGAUGAGACACAUGUGGAGGGCCAUGAGGAGCUUGAUGCUGCCAGUUUGCGUGAACAUGAAGAAUUCACAAAAGUUAAGAAUAUAGCUACUGUAGAACUUGGAAGAUAUGAGAUCGAGACAUGGUACUUCUCUCCCUUUCCGCCAGAAUAUAAUGACUCCUUGAAGCUGUACUUUUGUGAGUUUUGCCUCACUUUCAUGAAGCGCAAAGAACAGCUUCAGAGGCAUAUGAGGAAAUGUGAUCUCAAGCAUCCCCCUGGUGAUGAGAUUUAUCGAAGUGGUACCCUGUCAAUGUUUGAGGUUGAUGGCAAAAAGAACAAGGUUUAUGGACAAAAUCUUUGCUACUUGGCAAAAUUGUUUCUUGAUCACAAGACUCUCUAUUAUGACGUUGAUCUAUUUCUGUUUUAUGUGCUAUGUGAAUGUGAUGAUCGGGGAUGCCACAUGGUUGGCUACUUUUCUAAGGAAAAGCAUUCAGAGGAGUCCUAUAACUUGGCCUGCAUUCUCACUCUUCCUCCCUACCAGAGGAAAGGCUAUGGGAAGUUCCUAAUCGCAUUUUCUUAUGAGCUUUCCAAGAAAGAAGGUAAAGUUGGCACGCCUGAAAGACCCCUUUCAGACCUGGGGCUACUAAGCUAUAGAGGGUACUGGACCCGUGUUCUUUUGGAUAUUUUGAAAAAACACAAGGGCAACAUAUCUAUUAAGGAGCUUAGUGACAUGACGGCCAUCAAGGCUGAGGAUAUCUUGAGCACCCUUCAAGGCCUAGAACUGAUCCAGUAUCGAAAAGGGCAGCAUGUCAUUUGUGCAGAUCCCAAGGUCUUGGAUCGUCAUUUGAAAGCUGCAGGCCGUGGUGGUCUUGAGGUAGAUGUCUGCAAAUUGAUAUGGACUCCUUAUAAAGAGCAAAGUUGAUACUUGAUGGUUAAAAACCUUGGUAUUUUACCGUCUUUCUUGUCUACCUUGAACAGUGGCUUAAAAACCUGGCUUGUAUAUACUAGAAGAAAUUAGGGGAGAAAACAAUGAGAACUUUAGAUCUGUGGGCUAUUGGCUGGACGAUUCGAUGUUUUUAAGUUGUACAUGUAUUAACAAUAGCUGAUCUGAAGAUUUAUGAAAGUGAUGUGUUUACUGAACUUGGUACUCUCUGAUUGCUAUUUUAUUGAGAAUGUUAAAAGUCA